AAGCGGAAACAACCUGCAACUUCGACAACCACCACCAACGCUACAGGUGGAAGUGCAGCGAAGAAGAUUUUCACUACGGCCCCAGGCACGGUGCACAGUCAGACGGAGACCAAUAUGGUCAGUUUUGAAAGCCGUGGUGCUUAUCUGAAGGAUGGAAAACUCAGAGCGGAUGACGGCACAACAUUCGCCGUAAAUGACCAUGUCUACCUGAUUUGUGAGCCCCCAGGGGAGCCGUAUUAUCUGGCACGAAUCAUGGAAUUCCUCCCCUCCAAGGAUGCGCCCUCAGGCCCGAUCGAGGCGUUGCGGGUGAACUGGUACUAUCGCCCACGUGACAUCCAGCGGAAGGUCGCGGACACGCGUUUGGUCUUCGCCUCUAUGCAUUCCGACACAUGUCCACUCACAUCUUUACGCGGGAAAUGCCAAAUCAUGCAUAUUUCGGAGAUCGCAGACUUCGAUAAGUACCGGAAGUCCCGGGAUUGUUUCUGGUACGAUAAGAUGUUUGACCGGUACAUCCAUCGUUACUACGACGUGAUUCCGACAAGCAAGGUGAUAAACGUCCCGGGCAACGUCAAAAAGGUUCUCGACGAGCGCUGGAAGUUCGUUCUAGUCGAGAUUGGACGACGGAAGGAGCUUACCAGUGCGGUGAAGACCUGCAAGCGCUGUGGCUUGUAUGCCGCAAGCAAUGACUCGGUAGAUUGUGCUGUCUGCCACCACACUUAUCACAUGUACUGUGUUCGACCCGUCUUAACGAAAAAGCCGGCUCGAGGGUUUGCGUGGGCCUGUGCAGCCUGCAGUCGCGCCCAAGAACGAAAGCUCGAGGCGCGCAAUACCCCGAUACUUGGCGAAUCCCACCCUGAUGCAGACGAGGAGAUGGUGGAAGAGGAGGAGGAGGAACCGAACGGCGCUGCGAAUGGCACCACAGGCAGCACCCCAGCACCUGCCGAAGAAGAGGUCCGACCAGCUACCGAGGAACAAGUCGCGCAAGCCAGAAUGUGGCCUUAUCGCUACUUAGGAAUUCAUUGCCGUGUGGAAGACGCUCUCGAUUAUGACGACCGGAUAUACCCGCGUGCCAGCUCUCGAUUGGGACCUCGACAUCAAGCCAUGGUGAAUGCCUGGCCCGGAAAACCGGUGGAGUAUGUCAAGCCGGUCGACAUCAAGAAAAAGUACAUGCGGAGCACUGGGGGACGCAAAGAUUCAAAACUUUCCAAGGAGACCGUGGCUGCGAUCGAAGCCGCCAAACAGGAAAAAGCCAAUCGACCGAAGUGGGUCAUGGACGAGCCCCUGGGAUAUGUCCGGCGCGGCGAAGACGAGCCAGUCUCAGUAGCCGGGAAACAAGUCCGGACUGCAGAGCUGAUGUUCAAAAUGCCCACAGCUGACCAGAUCUCGUCCCGGGGCGAAGACGACGCGCCUGGUGCCAAUCUCAGUCCUGCACACCGGGAAAAGUUCAUCGAUGAAUAUAUGGAGCGUGCAAAGGCCUUGGCCCCUCAAUUAGGAGAAGAGAAGUACGCCACUAAUUUUCUCGAUAAGGCCCUCGACCUCCUCUACUCCAAUAGCUUCGACGCCGAUGCUGCUCUUGCAAGGCUGAAGCAGAUGAACAAAUACAAGGAUCUCAAGGAGCCCCAUCUGCGGCCCGAAGAACUCAAACUGUUUGAGCAGGCCGUUGCGAAAUAUGGGUCCGAAUGGCGUCAUAUCACCAAGCACGUUGGCACUGUGCCACAUUAUCAGAUCGUGCGGUUCUACUACAUGUGGAAGAAAACCCCCCGAGGACGUCAGAUCUGGGGCGCUUAUGAAGGCAGACGGGGCAAGAAGGAAGCCAAGCGAACCACUGCUGCGAAGCUAGUGGAUGAUGUGGCCGACGACCAUGAUGACUCGGCGUUUGAUAACGACAAAGCCACGGAGAAGAAGCGUGGAUUCCAGUGCAAGUUCUGCUCGACACGAACCUCCCGUCAGUGGCGACGCGCCCCCGGCGUUCCGCCCGGCACUACCACCCCUAAUGAGCCUUCGUCGAAGCAGCGGGAUAAGGCAUCACAACUCACCGUGGCUCUCUGCUUGCGAUGUGCAUUGCUAUGGAGGAAAUACGGUAUUCAGUGGGAGAGCGUGGACGAGGUGGCUAAGAAGAUUGCGCAAAGCGGUAAUAAGUCAUGGCGCCGGCGAGUGGAUGAGGAACUUCUGACUCAACUGCUCGUCUCCACCGAGACACCGAUCAGUAUCAACAGCGCGACCGCUGCGACGGCGGCCUCCAUCGGUGUGCCGGUGAACGCCAACCCGCAGGUGCAGCAAGAGUCUACGAAGAAGAAGGGACGGGCAGUCGAGAAAGACAGCGCAGCGACAUCGACGGCCACUUCAGUGGAACCAGCCCCAAAGAAGAAGGCCGCUAUUGACAGGGUCCCGGAUCCACCUCCGAUCAUGCCGGAUCCUCCCAAGGCUAAAACGCUUCCCUGUGCCAUCUGUAACAAGAUGGAGCCGAUGGGAGACCAGCACCUGUCUUGUAGGGACUGUCGUCUGACCGUGCACCGGAGCUGCUAUGGAGUCAGCCCAUCGCGGAACUGCGUCAAAUGGCUCUGCGAUAUGUGCUCGAACGACCGGGACCCCAUGAUCUCGACUACGUACAAUUGCGUCUUGUGUCCGGUAACUUGGACAGAGCACGAACUGAUGGAGGCACCGAGGUCGACGCACAAGAAGAAGACUGAGCGAGACCGGGAGAAGGAGCGACUCGAAAAGGAGAUGGUCAAUGAGGCCAUUAAGCUGUACCGGAGGAGGCAAGAGGAUGUGGGCAAACCGAUCGGUCCUCGAGAACCGUUGAAGCGAACUGCCGGCAACAACUGGGUGCAUGUCAUGUGCGCCGUAUGGACCCCCGAGAUCAAAUUUGGCGACGCGAAGGAACUCGAGCCGGCGGAAGGAUUUGGUUUGAUUUCCAGGGACAAAUGGCGCGAUGUUUGUAAGAUCUGCAAGACCGAUGGAGGUGCUUGUGUGCCGUGCCACUUCGCCAACUGCACCGCCCGCUUCCACGUCGGCUGUGCAUUCCAAGCGCAGUACAGGUUUGGAUUUGACAUCACGCCAAUCAAGAGCUCCCGAAGGGAUACCGUGAGCAGCGUCCGCCUAGGGGAGGAGGUUGGAUCGGCAUCCGCGGGGAUCUGGUGUCCUCAUCACCCACUUACCUCGACGAUCCAUGAGAUCGGCGAGCCUACCGAGGAGGAGGGGAUCAACGCUCUGCAGCGGUAUGCCCAGGCAUACAAGCAAGCCGACCUGACCUUGACGGGAACCAUCAGAAAAGCAGCAUACGUGCAACAAUCCGUCAGCACGUCACAUCACGCUGCGGCUCCCUCUGCAAGCCGCCGAGUCUCCACAGCGAACGGCGUUGCAGCCCCUCCAGCAGUUUCGGCUGCACCGGCACCGCCAGUAGCUUUGGUAGCGCCGACAGCGCCGACAGCAAAGGACAGCCACAAAUCCCCAGAGGAAACUCCGGAUGAGAUGAUGAUCGAUUCUGAGAACCACGCUCCCCGGCCCGUCGCUGAUGCUGACGCGACGAGAAAAUGCGUUCGCUGCUCCAGCACCUUCAGUCCCCGAUGGUGGCCCCUUGAUAAAUCUCGGCGCACGCCUGGAGUCGACCAUAGGACGCCUCUGCUCAACGGAGUCGGGCUGAAUGAUCCCAUGGGGCCGAGGCUCUCAGGCGCAGCCUCGACAAGCCCUCCAUAUCUGCAGCAGAACCCGUCUCAGCAUGCCCUUCCGCGCCUGAACGGAGAACACAGCCCGGCAGAGAAGACAGCCCUAUCAGCCAUUAACAGCGAGGGUUCGCAGACAUUGUACGAAUGUCAUAAGUGCCAUCUGAAAAAACCAGCUCCCCAGCCAUCGCCCGAACCGCGAGCGUCGCCUUAUUCCGCGCAACGGCCCGUCUUGCCCGCCCCUCGGAUCACCGAGUACCAUAGUCCAUUUGGCACUCAUCAUGCGCAUCCACCGCAGUCCGGGGUUCUUCCCAGAACCAUGGGUUUGCCGCCUCACAACGGCCCCGAAUGGCAUCCUGGAUAUGAGCAGCGCCCUGCAGAGUUCGGUGAUAGCAAGAUGCGUAAUGGAUUACCAGUCCCUGGCUAUCGCUCAGGACCUCCGCCGCCGCCAGCACCCGCAAGCCAUAUCAACGGGUUCCCACCUACCCCUUCCCACCAUGCUCCCCCGCUGCCUCAUUAUACUCCAGGUUCCCAUCCUUCAGCCCAGCCGUUUCCCACACACCAGAGCCCUUAUGGACCUGUGUCGAUGCCCUCGCCUCAUCUAUCCCACGCGACGGGCCCUCGCCCGUACGCGCCAUCAGCAUCGCCUCCGGACAUCCAGGCGACGAUGGUUCGGCACUCCCCUCAACAUACGCUCAGCGCAUUGAACGGUGGGCCUCCGCCACGUGUCUACUCGGUGGAUCGCGUGCUCGGGGCGCCAGUGCAGUCGCCGCCCGUCUCGCAGGUGCAAAUGGAUCCACGAGGCCCGACCCCUCCAGUCAGACCAGAGGAUACGCCGGUGAUGGCUAGCGCAGGCAGGCAUACGAGCGCCAGCGGAACCAAUGGCGGGUCGGGGGCUAGUGCGAGCCCGUCUCUGAAGAAUUUGCUUUCUUGAACCCUCCCCUUCCUCCCUUCCAAUGACUGCGAUAGAAUAAUCCGCCCGUGUAUUAUAGCUCUUUUCUCUUCGUCUGCGCCCUCCCUUUUGUU